AUGCACGUGGCGAAGGUGACGUUCGCGCGGGUGAAUUUUCUCUUCAACAGGACAAAGACACCCUGCUACCUACCGCCGAGUAUCGUUGGCAAUGUGCCCCACUUGACUCCAGAUAACUGUAGCAAAGUUAAGGACUUGACGGCUCAGGUGGUGGACUUUGCCGAUAUCUUGAGUUUAGUAAAGUUGGCGACGGACGAGAAGAUACCUUUUCGGGAACUUCUGAACGUGACCGACUAUGAGCUCGUGCUUUCGGCUAGAGACUACAUCAGCGAAUCGAACCCACCGAGCUCCAAAGGAACAGGCUUCAUGGUUGAGACAAGCGGUGGGCGGCGUACUAUUUCCAUUGAAGAGUUCAUGCGUGCGACAGAGUUGCUGCAGCCGGAGCUUGUGGUGCCGCUGGCCGACGAGAUCCCGGUCGAGAAGGGUCGAAACAGGCACCGUACGGCUGUCCAAACAUCUUUGGCCUGGCUGGACACCUGUCAGGCACUCAAUACUUCGCGAACGCCCAUGUGCGGAGUGGUUGUGGGUGGGGACGAUCACACUUUGCGACGGAUGAGUGCUGGCGAGACGUGCAAACGGGACAUCCAGGCGAUCCUCCUCAGUGGUUUGGGGACUUGCCCCGAAAGAGCGACGCUGAUCGAUGUCAUUGUCAACGAGAUCACUCCAGCAUCGCUUCCACGUGUUAUUACUGGAAUUGGACACCCUCUCGACGUGCUGGACACUGUCAAUCGUGGCAUCGACGGCUUCGUGUCGCCCUACCCAGCCACUGUCACUAAGGCAGGCUCUGCGUUGAUCUUCUGGAUUAGUGAGGACGAAGAUGGAGGCAGUGCCAGUGAACGGAACGCGGAACGAAGGCGCUCCGGAGGAGUGCUGCAUUUGCGUGAGAAGCGAUUUGCAACUGACUUUGGCCCUUUAAUGGCGGGCUGCAACUGCUUUGCGUGCCAGAAGUAUACACGCGCUUACGUUCACCACCUGCUCAAUGUCCGCGAGAUGCUUGGGGACAUUUUGUUGUAUCUGCACAAUCUGCAGCACUAUUUUCGCUUCUUUCGCGAGAUCCGAACAUCUAUCAGCACUGAUCGCUUUGCCGCUUACCACGCUGAAUUCUCCACGAAAUUUGACGAAAAGGCUUCGACUGCCCCGCCGCUAAUUAUCCCAGCGACGAUAGAAGAACGGGAGCGUAAGCGUCUGCGGCCAUAA